CUGUGCAAGGGGGAAGGUAAGCUGCCUCCUAGAUGUGCCUCGGUGGUAGGUGGAAACCGGAAUGUGACCAUAUUAGGAGGGGCGCGUAGCUGCAAGUACUCCGGACGAUUCCAGUGCAGUCAGCUGCGGGGCAGCCCUCUAUUGGAGAAACCAGGCGACGCGUUGAUUGCAGGGAGGAGUUUUCUGGGUACAAAGGGGAAGCAGCUACGUCAGUAUCUCCCCUUGCGCUGAGACAAUAAUUGACCGGCCGGAGCUGGUGUUUGUGUGUUUUCGUAGAGGAGCAGGAGGACGGGAGGCUGUCGCUACCAAGCCAGCACUAACCCCAGAGCACUCCCCUCAUCGCACAGCACAACACAGCACAGCGCACGCACCACAGCCCCCUUUGGAGAGAGCACAGUUUCGUGCACGGAGGAUUGUGGUUAAGGAGUGUCUUUUUAUUUGUUAUUUUUGUUUUGUUUUGCCCGGAUUACCAUCGCAGGUAUCAGGGGGUAUUAUUUUCCUGUCUGGUUUAUUUUUGUGGAUAUUUCUGUUCUUGUGUGGAUUAUUAAAUUACUUAUUUUGGGAGAAUACGUUUGGACAUUUGCAGUCUUUUGCACCACAUCAUUCAUCCUGUCACAAUGACCUACACAGCGGGAAAGAGGGAAACUACUGCUUUCAAAAGAUACCCGGAUGAUGUGUAUGCGUGGAAGGACUCUGUUGCUGUGAUUCCGUGAAUUGUACGGAUUUUAGUCUUUGUUUCAGCUACUUUUGACAAUCUAUAGGUCGCUGUUGUUACCGAACUGUCUAUUUACAGUAUAGUAGAGACAUUAUUUCACAAAAUAAACUUGAUAAAACGAUAGUUUGGACUGUUAAGUACACAAAAACGUGUAAAACCCAAAAUCGAUAAUUCAUGACUUCACUCAGUAAUCUGGCCGCUGUGUAAAAUCUACAUAUGCGACUUCCGACUGAUUUUGCUGUCCCGGGUCACAUAUAUGGUCCAUAUGACUUUGUGGUUUCCAGAUGACACUUAACAAAUGAUCUUCAUAUUCAGAACACAGCUGUAUUCUGUGAUCCUCUCAUUCAAGUUUGAUCACGGGUAUCGCACAAGAAACAUGAGCCCUUUGUGUCUGUUAUGUAACAAAGUUGCCAUCGUCUCAGGGUGAAAGACUCAAACCUGAGAGACCAUCUGAGGUGAGGGAAGGCGGCGCUACUAUGAGACAAUGCAGCCCUACUUCUCUCUACGUGCCCUCUACAGUCCCUCAGAGUUGAGGCUGGUGCUGCUUGGAAAGAUUGGAGUUGGGAAGAGUGCAGCAGGAAACGCCAUCCUGGGAAAAAAAGAGUUUCAAUCUUCGUUCAGUGACUCCUCAGUAACAAAGGUGUGCACGAUGGGAGAAGGAGAAGUUGCAGGGAGACGUGUUGUUGUGGUCGACACUCCAGGCUUGUUUGACACAGAGCUCCCCAAUGAGAAAGUUCUAAGCGAGAUUGUGAAAUGCAUUCAGCUGUCCUCUCCGGGACCCCAUGCUUUCCUCCUGGUUUUAAAGGUGGGUCGAUACACUGAGGAAGAGAAGCAAACUGUGCAGAUAAUCCAGGAGAUGUUUGGUGAGGGUGCUUCGAAAUACACGAUGGUGCUUUUCACUUACAGGGAUUAUCUGGAUGACAACGAGACAAUUGAGGAGUUUCUUAAAAAUGCUGGCAAGGACCUCAAGCAGCUGGUAGAGUCGUGUGGGAACAGGUUUCAUGCGAUCAAUGGAAGAGACCUUAAGGAUCAGGAGCAGGCCAAAGUACUUCUGGAGAAAGUAGAGAACAUGGUGAAAAUAAACAGUGGAUGCUUCUCCAAUGAUUUGUACGAGCUAGAGGUGAAAAGAAGGGCAAAUGAAGCGAGGCACCAGAAGGAAAUCGAAGAUCAUAGGAAGAAGAAUGUAGCAAAGAUGCAGGAGGCGCAUAUGAAGCAAGUGGAAUCCUGCUGUGUAUCAUAGUGUAGUGGAUUUCUCUCGAUACAUUCUUGCGCCAUGUUUCCAUGUGUGAUAGGAGUGUAAAUGUGUCCUCCAAACGAAAUGCAUUGUUUAAUUAUACCUUUAUAUUGUGAUUUGGGGGUGGGCUUUGACAAGUACACAACCACCAAUAGCUUUAUUAUGGUGGGAAGCUGUUUGAAGUGAAAAUAUGUGUACUUUAAUAUAAUAAAAUGCUGAACAAAUAA